ACUUGUCUUGAACAGUUAAACUGAGAUGGAGAGCAUCUCUGCAUUCAGAAGAAUAUUUACGUUACGUUGGAAAGGAAAAUGGUGAUGAUGGCGUAGCCGUCAAAUUUAGAAGAACCCCCCAUAGAUUCGCUUCAACCAUACGCAAGUAUAGUUGUUUGCAAGAGAGAGAGAGAGAAGGAGAUGGGUGUACCUGCGUUUUAUAAGUGGCUCGUCAACAAAUAUCCAAAUGUCAUCACCUCUCCAAACCCAAAUGGACUUGAGUUUGAUAAUCUCUAUCUUGACAUGAAUGGCAUCAUUCAUCCAUGCUUCCAUCCUGAUGAUCAUCCUUCCCCACCAACCACCUUCGAUGAAGUCUUCAACAACAUCUACAAAUAUAUUGAUCAUAUUUUCAGUAUUGUGAGACCAAGGAAUUUACUAUACCUAGCUAUUGAUGGAGUAGCUCCACGUGCAAAAAUGAAUCAGCAAAGAUCAAGACGUUUUCGAAAUGCUAAAGACACUGAAAUUGCUGAGGCUGAGGAGGAACGAUUGAGAAAGGAAUAUGAAAUUCAAGGUAAACAAGUGCUCCCAAAGCAGUACUCUGAAGUCUCAGAUUCCAACAUAAUAACACCUGGGACAGAAUUCAUGUUCACAUUGUCAAUAAAACUCCAGGAGUACAUGAUUUCCAAUAUAAACUCUGAUCCUGCCUGGAAAGCUAUUAAGGUAAUUCUUUCAGAUGCCAGUGUUCCUGGCGAGGGGGAACAUAAGAUAAUGUCUUUUAUACGCCAGCAGCGCAUGCUGCCUGAUUAUAAUCCUAACACACGCCAUUGCCUCUAUGGUCUGGAUGCGGAUUUAAUAAUGCUUGCUUUGGCAUCGCACGAAGUUCACUUUUCCAUUCUGAGAGAGGUCGUGCUUUUACAACAGCCUCAAUCAAUCUGUUUAUCAGCACACACUAGCCUACAGGGAAGAAUCGAGUUUGGUGAGUUUGGCUCUAGUGAAAAUAAAACAAAAAGAAGAUUCUCUAAUGAUGAUAACACACUUGCUAAAGAUGUAUCUUUCAUUGAAAAGCCUUAUCAGUUUCUCCAUGUGUGGAUAUUGAGGGACUAUUUGAAGCUUGAAAUGGAUAUCUAUGAUCCUCCUGAAAAUUUCACUUUUGAUUCUGAACGUAUCAUUGAUGAUUUUGUUUUUAUGUGCUUUUUCGCUGGAAAUGAUUUUAUACCAAAUUUGCCGACUUUGCAAAUCCACGAGCAAGCUGUUGAUUUGUUGAUGACAGUUUACAAGAAAAAUUUCAAGAAACUGGGCGGUUACCUAGUUGAUGUGCAUCAGGUGAACAGCCUGAAAAAUGAUUAUUUAGAUCUAAAAAGAGUUGAAAAGUUUAUUCUUUUGAUUGGUGCUUAUGAAGAGAUGAUCUUCAAGAAAAGAUCAGAACUACGUGAGCGGAUGCUUAGAAAGCUUUGCCAACAUUCAGAUGCACCGGAAGAAGAUGCAAAAGAAUUAGAUGGGAAUGUGGAGCAAGAUAUGUUGAAGAUCUCAUUUUCUUCUCUGGAUGCAAAGGCCCAGAUUUCUGAAGACUUGGUACUGCAAAAUACAAAGAGGUUCAAAGAGGAACUAAAAGCUCGCCUUAGGCAGAAAUCUGAUCUUUUCCAAAAUGGCGGUUUCAGGGCAGAUACAGUGAAAUUGGGGACUACAGGUUGGAAAAAAAGAUACUAUGAACAGAAAUUUUCUGCAGAAAAUCCCAGCGAUAUUGAGUUAAUUCGGAAAGAAAUGGUGCAAAAGUACACUGAGGGACUAUUAUGGGUGCUUGGAUAUUAUUUUUCAGCAGUCCCAUCAUGGACAUGGUUUUAUCCAUAUCAUCAUGCACCAUUUGCGUCUGAUAUGAAGGGCAUGGCCCAGGUUAAGUUUAAGUUUCCAAAGGGUUCACCAUUUAAACCCUUUGACCAGCUGAUGGGUGUAUUACCUCCAAGGAGUGCUCAUGCACUUCCUAAAUCAUACCGCCAACUGAUGAUUGAUGAGCGUUCCAGUAUUAUAGACUUCUAUCCUGCUGAGUUUCAAAUUGAUAUAGACGGAAAACGAUUUAUGUGGCAGGGAAUAUGCAAGCUUCCUUUUAUAGAUGAAGAACGGCUAUUAGCUGAGACCAAAAAGAUGGAGAAGGAACUAACGAGGAAGGAAGCAGAUAAAAAUGUGGAAAAUGUUGAUAAGCUUUUUGUGAGAAGAGAAAACUUUUCGGAAUCACAACUGUUGCAACUUGUUUCAGAGUUUGCAGCUGGGAGGCCAAAAGACAUGGUUGAGAUAAAAAAUAGUUUAAGUGGAAUUGGGGGAUCUUUAUGCUUGUGCAUAAAGGACGCUUAUGAGGUUGAUUUAACAAUUGAGCAGCUAUGGAAUGACAUCCAAAAAAGAAACGUUUUAUGCCUUCUAUUUGAGUUGCCAAAGGGAAGUCAGUUUAUUCCCCGUCCUCUGGAGGGUGUAAAGUAUCCUGAGCAGAUUAUUGGCGAUGAUGAUAUUAUGGAGACCCAGCUUUGGCAUGAAUGCCCUGGAAGCAGAUGCCCUACCAGAUUGCGGGUUCAGGAAAGCCACAUAAAGUCGUACCAUAGAAGGGAUUUUGCUCCAAGUUUUUCUGCUGAGAGGAAUAAUGGCAACUACAGUGGGGAAUCUGCUUCAAACUGGUAUUUUGAGCCUACACACAAGGGUGGUAGAGGAAGAGGAAGAGGAAGAGAGAGAGGGGUUGGUAGUUUAAAUUAUUACCAACUCAGUAACUACUGCAGGAAAUCUGAGUUGAGCUCAUCUUCUGAGCAGAUACAUAAAGGUGCUGGGCCUGCAAACACUGGAUGGGGUGCUUGUAGAGGAAGGGGAAGAGGAAGAGGAAUUACAACUGUUGAUUUAAGAGAACAUAUAGAGAAGAUACAGAGAGUUGAACCUUUUGCCUCAUCAUCUGUUGUUGGUGGUUCAGGUAGGGGUCAUCAAAACUUCAACAGGACAAUGUUUGUUGAGUUAGCUAAAGGCAUGGAGGAUGGCCUGAAAUUAUCAGAAGGCAGCCAGAGCAUUAGCCCACAUGGAAAAUCAGUGUCAGCAAACAACAGUUUCUGGCGAUCCAGAAAUGGCAUGCCGUAUCAAAAGCAAACAAACAAUGCUUGCCGACAGAGUUUGCAAUUCAAUGCUGAUUCUUGGAUUGAAGUAGAUGGAAGAGGGAAACUGAGCUCGAUGAUGAGCAGCGACUCUAGGCCAGCGCCUGGAAUUGCCAGAGAAAACCAUUAAUUUAAGAAUUCUGAAACAAGAUGGUCCUCGAGAGAACAAGACAAAGCUCCCUUCAUCAGAUAUCGAUAAUACUUCUAUUUGUUAAUUUCAUGUUCCCUUUUUUGAAGUUUGAACUCGGAGCUCGUGUCUCCCCAUUUUGCUUCUCACAUCUGCCAUGCUCUAAAAUUUAAGCAAGUUUACUAUUUACUUUCUUGUAGUAAUAUAUAAUUAACACAGGAAUCAACAAAAAAAAGAAAGAAUCUUUCAGUUAA